AUGGCGGCAGCUUAUCCUUACUAUCCGGAAUACAGUUCCAGUUACAUUAAUGCCUGUUAUAACUACGGUCAACAAAACUAUGACUACCAAAAUGGAUACCAGUAUUCAGCUGCAGCCACACAGUGUGCAAAUAAUCAGAGCUUGUAUGUAAAUGAACCAAGCAUUCAGAAUCAAACUGAUACGCAAGGUGGAACAUCAUCUUCGAAUUCAAACCUUCCGGAACAAGAUGGUUCAUCGACCAGAAUUAAUGAUAAUUAUUUCAACAACUGUCAUUACUACGGUAAUCAAAACUAUUAUCAGCAGUCACUCAACAAUCGUCAAAACUACUAUGCAUACCAAUGUGAGUACUUUUCACACAAUAAUAACCAAUCUACAACUAAAGAUGUUCAGCAUGCUGAAGUAACGCCAGAGAAAAAUUUAAAUACAAGCUUUUUUGGCGAUAAAGGGAAAGACGAGCCUUUGCUAAAAAAUAAUCACUCUGUAAAUAAUCCUAUCGCAGUAAAUAAAAGGAAAGUGGCAUGUCUCACAAGUAUAGAAGACUCACCAGCAUUACGGGCACUUCUGACCAACCCAGCUAAAAAGUUGAAGUAUAAUCCAGGAUAUAGUACUUCCAAUGCAACAGAUAUCAUGCUAUCACCAAGUGAUCAUAUAGUACCUGAAUUUAUUCCACCUUCUCCAAAUAAAACUGAAGACAGCAUUGACAGCUUUUUGGAGAAUGGACUCCAAAAUAACACCAAGAGCCUCACACUAACUACGCCCGCUCGUGUAAUUGUACCAAGCUACGAAUGUGUGAGUACUCCACCAGUUUCUCCCAAAUAUGUUGGUCCUGCUGUAUCAUCGCAAUCACAGCAGCUGGACUCUGAAGUUUCUGAUAAAGAAUCAUCCAAACGCACUCGGCAGUCCUAUUCGCGCUAUCAGACGUUAGAGCUGGAAAAAGAAUUUCAUUCAAAUAGGUACCUUACAAGAAGACGUCGUAUUGAAGUUGCCAAUGGCUUACGAUUAACUGAACGUCAAGUCAAAAUUUGGUUCCAGAACCGCAGAAUGAAGGCCAAAAAAGAUAAAUCAGUAUUGAGCCCCGCACACUCAUUCGAUGAAUCUUCUUCAUCCACCAACUGUCAACCAAUCGGCUCAACUCAAUUAGGAUAUGGUCCAGUUCAAAUAUCGCAGCACCAUUACAGAUGUUAUGAAUCAGCGUCAAUGCUAGGAAAUAAUUAUCAACAUUAUACAUCUCUAAUAUAA